GCCAAAUCCAAAACGGAAAAUGAAAGAGGGACCAGGAGGAACAGGUCCCAACCAUCUCCCAAGGUUCUUCACUCGGCUUUAACAUCCCAGCACCAGCUGCAGGCGCCAUGGGGGAGUGGGCGUUCCUCGGCUCGCUGCUGGACGCCGUGCAGCUGCAGUCGCCGCUCGUGGGCCGCCUGUGGCUGGUGGUCAUGCUGAUCUUCCGCAUCCUGGUGCUGGCCACGGUGGGCGGCGCCGUGUUCGAGGACGAGCAGGAGGAGUUUGUGUGCAACACGCUGCAGCCAGGCUGUCGCCAGACCUGCUACGACCGCGCCUUCCCCGUCUCCCACUACCGCUUCUGGCUGUUCCACAUCCUGCUGCUGUCGGCCCCCCCGGUGCUCUUCGUCAUCUACUCGGUGCACCGCGCCAGCAAGGAGCCGGGCGGCGCGGACGGCGGGGCGGGGGCCCCGGGGCGCCCGGGGGACCGCCGCGCGCGCCGCUGCUACCUGCUGAGCGUGGCGCUGCGCCUGCUGGCCGAGCUGGCCUUCCUGGCGGGCCAGACGCUGCUCUACGGCUUCCGCGUGGCCCCGCACUUCGUGUGCGCAGGUCCCCCGUGCCCGCACACCGUGGACUGCUUCGUGAGCCGGCCCACCGAGAAGACCGUCUUCGUGGUCUUCUACUUCGCGGUCGGGCUGCUCUCGGCGCUGCUCAGCGUGGCCGAGCUGGGCCACCUACUCUGGAAGGGCCGCCCGCGCGCAGGCCGCUGUCGCCAGGCCGCCGAGCGCGACAACCGCUGCAACCGCGCGCAGGAAGAGGCGCAGCAGCUGCUCCAGCCGCCGCCCGCCUUGCCCACGCGGCGCUCGGGCACCGACCCCUACGCCCCGCCCGCUUAUGCGCACGGGGCGCCGGCCGGUGACAGCGAGGGCGGCAGUGGCCGCAGCAAGGCGUCGCUGGCCACCAUCCGCCAGGACCUGGCCAUCUAGAACUGCCUGGGGCGGGAGGUGAGGCCAGAGGCCGGACCCCACCUCCCCGGAGCGAGAAGUGUCUCCUCACCCGCUGUUGGCAGGAUCCCCUGCCAGCAGAUGACACGCAGGGCGCAUGGCAGCACCCAUACUUCCCAGCGGAGCUAGGGACAUCGAAUCAACUAAGGCCUGUCCUUGGUGCCCUGAUCCAGGCGGAAAGGAAGGAGGCCAGGGAGGCUGAGAGAGGGUGGACCAGAGGAGGGCAGAGUCAGUGGAGAGUGGAGGUUCUGGAGGAGUCCUGAGUGUUGUACUGGAAAGGAAAACAGCUGUGAUACCAGCAUCCCCGGGGGCCUCUCCUUGUUCUGACUGAGGUGUGGCCUCUGCUGAGGCUCUUUGUGUACAUGCACACUCACGUAUACACACAUUCGGUGUGAGCAUAGGUGCCCUCUCAUUUGUAAAACCUGUGUAAGCACUUUGUGUGUGUGCAUCCAUACAUAUAUAUCCUGUGUGAGCUCUGGAUGUGCACACGUGUGCAUAUGCACAUGUCCAUCUUGUGUAGGCUCUCCGCACGCACGCGUGCCUACCCCUGUGUGCGUUCUGCAUCUGUGCGUGCAACAGUGUGCCCUGUGUGAGUUGUGUGUGUGAUCUGUGACAUGCCCUGUGUGGGUGGCCAGGAUCCAGGGCAAG